AGGCUGUCCUGUGUUGACACUCGGAUCGAGACGUCCGUUAUCGCGAGAGCAACGAGUUGUCUUCGCCACAGAUAACAUAGCUAACGUAGCUAACAUAUAGCUAUCCAGACUUUUUACUGCGGUCUUACGUUUCUGUUGUGCCGCAAAUGGACUGUCACGAAGCCGCAGAUGACGCGGAGAGGCCGCGGCAUCACCCUUUCCUAAUCGGGGUCAGUGGCGGAACAGCUAGCGGCAAGUCAACAGUUUGCGCCAAGAUCAUGGAGCUCCUGGGCCAGAACAAGGUGGACCACCGCCAGAGGAAGGUGGCGAUCAUAAGUCAGGACUCUUUCUACAGAGUCCUGACCCCCGAGCAGAAGGCGAAGGCGCUGAAGGGCCAGUACAACUUUGAUCAUCCAGAGGCAUUUGACAAUGAUUUAAUGUACCAAACUUUGAAGGACAUUGCGGAGGGAAAGGUGGUUGAAGUGCCAACGUAUGACUUUGUUACUCAUUCCAGGUUGGAAGAAAGGAUCACAGUCUACCCAGCGGACGUUGUCCUCUUUGAGGGGAUCCUGGUUUUCUACCCCCAGAAAGUGCGUGAUAUGUUUCACAUGAAGCUCUUCGUGGACACAGAUUCAGACGUCAGACUCUCUCGCAGAGUUCUGAGAGACAUGACCCGGGGAAGAGACCUGGAGCAGAUCCUCACACAGUAUACAACGUUCGUCAAGCCUGCUUUUGAGGAAUUUUGUUUGCCUACUAAGAAGUACGCAGACGUCAUUAUUCCAAGGGGAGUUGACAACAUGGUGGCCAUCAACCUCAUCGUGCAGCACAUCCAGGACAUUCUGAAUGGAGAAAUCUGCAAAUGGCAGCGAGGGGCCUUGAACAGCAACGGGCGAGGCUUCAAGCGGGCCAUUACCGAGCAGGGCGACCUGCUGAGCGGACCUGCUAAUACUCCAGGAAAGAGGGUCCUGCUGGAGCCCAGCAGCCGGCCUCAUUAAGACUAUGUGGGGAUAUGCGGAUGAUGAAUGUGUCCAGACUGAGUCGGGGAUUGUGGCUACUGAUUUGUGCAGAGUGGGUCCGCCACUGUGAUACCUGUCUCUCCGGCUUUUUAAAAAAUAUCCAUAGUAACAAUAUCACAAGCGGUCAGAGCGGCAGCUCUUGGUAAUUGUAUUUUUAUUGUUGGUGCACAACAAAAAUGCUAAGUUUGUCUAUAUAUAUAGUCUUCCAUGAGAUCAAUGAUUUGAUUUUGUUUGGUUUAACUGUGGUCAGAGAACUGAAAUGAAAGGUAGUAUAAUCAAGACUGCUGUUAAAAUGUUUAUGUUGAGUCAUGCUUUUGCACUGAGUUUCACCUUUAUACACUUGAGUGUGUGUUACUUAAUGAAGAUAAUAUAUUUAAAUGAAAUAAAUAAAAAUGGUUUAUAGUCAUUUGUUUUAUAUUAUAGUCUGUUUCUGUUUUAAUACCUUAUUAAAACUAAGUUGUGUUACACUUCUACCUUUAGUUUGAGUGCUUCCUUUUUGAUUUAUUUAAUGCUGAACUCUUGCCUUAAUGUCAAUUUCUGUGAAUAUUUGUGUUCAACAAUAAACAUAUAAUUCUGUCAUGGUUUUGAGUCCUGUUUGAAUUUUGACAAAAGUUUUUGAGCGGCACAGUGCAUAUAGAAACAGAGCUGUUUGUUUUAUUGGAGUUUGAGAGCACAGUGUGAUGUGUUGGUUUUAUCCCAAAAAAGGAAUGAAAAUGAUUUUUUUUUACUACAGCACAUGUUGAAAUGACGGACACACAAGUCGCUGAGGACUUCAGUCACACACAGACACUUUCACACAACGACAUGACUGGGACAUGAUUGUGAUCGCCUCACGGUUCUCUACACUUGAACACGGCACACAAUGAUUCAGUAUGACAUACAUAGAUCACAGCAUCUUUAGUAAUUUAUCUUUUUGUGUUUUUGCUUUGCUUUUUUUAGUGCACAUAUGUAUGGCACUUGGGAGAAGCGAAGCUCUUCUCGUAAGCAUAAACAUCCUUUUUAAGAACAAAAGGAGCACUGUAUAUGAUACAUUUCAUAACCAUACAUGAUUCUUACACAAACAAACUUUCCAGUCUCUAACGGCCAUCCUCUUCAAGUUCAAAUCCUCAAAUCCCCU